AUGGCUUCAAUCCCAAAGAAGCACCAGGCUAUGAUAUAUGACAAGCCUGGCAGUGUGUCGACCAAGAUGGUAGAGGUUGACACGCCUAAUCCGGGUCCUGGAGAGGUUCUCAUCAAGAUCUCCCACUCGGGCGUCUGCCACUCUGACCUCAGCGUCAUGCUCAAUGCUUGGCCGGUCCUCCCCCCAUUGCCAACCGACGCGCAAGUCGGCGGACACGAAGGUGUUGGGAUCAUUGUCAAGUUCGGCCCAUCGUGCGACAAGUCGCAUCUCGAGCUAGGCGCACGCGUGGGCAUCAAGUGGGUUGCAUCUGCGUGUCUAAACUGCGACCCAUGUAUGGCUGGGGCCGAUGCGCAGUGCAAAAAUUUGCAGAUAUCUGGGUACUCGUGCCCGGGAACCUUCCAGGAGUACGUCCUGGCACCGCUGCACUACGUGACGCCCAUCCCUGACGGUCUCGACAGCGCUAUGGCGGCGCCCAUGCUGUGCGGCGGCUUGACCGUGUACUCUGCACUGCGCAAGAGUCGAGCCCAACCAGGAGACUGGGUGGCCGUCAGCGGCGCGGGAGGCGGUCUGGGCCACCUGGCGCUGCAGGUCGGCAAGGCCAUGGGAUUUCGCAUGUUAGGUCUGGAUAUGGCCUUCAAGGAGAAGCUCAUCAUCGAGUGCGGUGCCGAGAAGUUUGUUGACAUCAAAGAUGAAGACGUGCCGAAGACGGUGCUCUCGCACACGAAUGGCCAGGGCGUGGCCUCCGUCAUUGUCUGUAAUGCUAGCAACGACGCCUACGCCAGCGCCAUGGACCUCCUCAAGUUCAACGGCACGCUCGUCUGUGUGGGUAUUCCCGAUGGCACCCCCAUCCCUGUUGCCAAGGCUUUCCCCGUUAUCAUGGUUUUCAGACAGUUCAACAUUGUGGGCAGCGCUGUCGGUAAUAGGCGAGAGGCCGUCGAGAUCUUGGACAUGGCUAGUCGUGGCCUCGUCAAGACGCACUAUACCGUACGUCCAAUGGAGGAGCUGGGCAAGACGUUUGAGGAGAUGACGGCUGGUAAGAUUCGCGGCAGGGUGGUUCUGGAGAUAUGA